UCUGCAUCGGAAUCUGCAGCUGUUGUUGGUGGCCAAAUGGCUAGGUGGCAAGUGAAUAAAAGCCACCUCCACUCCAUUGAGUGGCAUCAGUUGCAAGCAGUCAGCUACCAAGAUUAAGCCACCCACAACAUGAUGAAACUGAUAGUAUCGUUACUCUCCAUCUGCGCCUUGGCGGCUGCUCGUCCUGGUUUCCUGCACGGUCACCAUCAUCACUAUCCGGAGAUUCCUUACUAUCCACACCACCACCAUGUCGAGCCACUGCACUACCAUCUGCCCGCUGCCGUCUCCCACCAGAGCUCCACCGUAGUGCACAGCGUGCCGCACCACAUCAUCAAGCCGGUGCUGUUGCCCACAGUGGUGAAGACUGUAGUGCAUCCUCCGAUCAUCAAGGCCUAUCAUCCUGCACCCAUCAUCAAGGCCUACCAUCCCUUCGAUCCUUUCCAUCUGCACCACCAUCAUGACUUCCAUGAUUACCACCUGCACUAAUCGACUAUUGACAAUGAUGACUGAUGAUCGAUAACGAUAACUGAUUACCAAUUUUCGACGAUAACGAGGAUAAUGCAACCUUUGUAUGCUGUGUAUGUUUGCGUGUGUCGAUUGUUUAAAUUAGAAGUCCAACAGGAAGUUUCGCUGUAAGCUGCUGAAUAUGCUAUUCCAUCUAUCUUAAAUACUGUACAUAAAAGAUACAAUAUC